UUAUUUCAAAAAACAAACAACAGUGCCAGUGUUUUGCCUCCUGAAUUCUUAUCAAAACGAGUUAGCGAGUGUGAAAUCUCCCAUAUCCGAGUAGUUGGUUUAUCGUUAAUAGUAUGGCGUCGAAUACACGCAAUAAUCAUAAAUCGACUGAGAGAGUGAGGAAACAUCGAAUUUUGAAGAAAUUCCGAGAGUCUUAUGAGUCUAAGAGUUUCGACAGUAGUAAUGAUGAGGUGUUACUUGAACAAUUAUCAUCUACAUUCGAUAAAGAAAAUGAGAAUGAUUGGGUUGAUAUUGAUCAGUAUAACCUCAAAAAGUGCAUGGACCAAUUCCACCAGAGUUUUAGUGAUGAUUCUUCGUCCAAUGACAUUCCUGAUGCAAAUUUCACAGAAAAUUUAACGUUCUGUGCUGAGAAUGGAGAAAAUUUCACGGAUGAGCAAAAUGGCGUAGAGGAGCCAACUGUGGUUCGAGAGCAGAACGCACCAUUAAAAGCUAAAAAGAAGUUUGAAAAGCUUUAUAAAACUCGCUCAGAUCUUGAAACAGAUUCUGAGGUGGACAGUGCCUCUGGAUUUGAUAUCACACGAAAGCGAGCUGCAAGUAUAUUAAAGACUUCUUAUUCUCUCGAGAAUUUUGAAGAAGAGUCAAUUGUAUCUCCAAAGCGAUCCCGAGAAGAUGCUGAUUCCCUAAGUACUGGAACUCAUGCUUUAAUCCGUAGUGGUUUACAAAGUGACAGGUCAAUGAAUCCAGUGCAAGCCACGCACAAGGCCCCAAAUAAGAUGGACCCAAGAAGCAGUUACGAAGAUCGCCUGCAAGAAUUGAGAAAACAAAACCAAGAUGAUCCUACAAAAAUGUUUUUUGCUGAUUAUCUGGAUGCAUCUCUAGCCCUUCUGUCACUUAACCAUAAAGAAGAAUUGCGCAAUUUGAGGAGAUGUUAUCAAUUGGACAUGGAUAAUCACAUAAAUGAAUUGAAGCAAUACAUAAAAGCUCCUAUGAUGCCUAUUGGGGACAAAUUUGUUUUGGGUGAUCACAAAUUGGGGAUGAAAAUUCCACUGGAUACACUGGAAGAUUUUGAGAAAUGGGAGAAAUUGCUGGAUUUAGACCAUGCUGAGAAUGUGGAGGAAGUCACUCAACGUCGAGCUGCUUUAAUGGAGUUCAUGACUGCUGAGACGUCGGGUUCGAAUGAUUUUGUGAAAGAUGCCAAAACAAUUCUCCCUCUCUUCAUUAAUAAGCCAGUACAACUUCUUUACAGUGGCAUUGGGCGUGCAACACGCGGAGUUGCAAAGAAGAACUUCAGCAAAACAAUGAGUUAUGCAUGCAUGAGAGACUUUCUCAAAGCCAAAUACAAGAAGUCAGAAAAAGAAAUGAUGCUCAUAACAACGACCAGUAACUGGUUAGCAGCUGCACUAGAUCGAGAUGGAGGAGCUGCCGAGAGGAAACGACUCCGAAAGUGUACAUGACAUCGGUUCAAUGGAACAUUUCCAGUAUUCUGACGUUAUUUUUUUCUCAUUUUUAACUGAUUCCAAAAAUGUUUCCAGGAAGAAACAAAAUAAUUAUCGCUCUUUAUUAGAUAAUAUGAGUUUUCAUUGUAGACGAUGUAUACCCAGGCUUAAUUUAAUCUAAAUUUCCAAGCUUGGUCGAACUAAAUACCUAGGCUUGGCCCAAUCUAAAUUGCCAGGCUUGGAACAAUUUUAUUUACCAGGCUUGAUCCAAGCCAAAUUCCUAGGCUUGGAUUGACCCUCGGUGCGAGCUUGACCAGCGUUUCAUGCCAGGGUUGGUCCAGACUUGGAUCCAAGCCUCAGACAGGCCUGUCUUAUCCUGGUCCAACCCUUGACCAGGCCUGGGCCAGUUGUUAAUCCCAACCUGGGAUGGGAACUAUGUUGUCGAAAAAACAAAAAGAUAUUGACAGAUAUUUUUGUGCUCCCAAUCGUCGGAAAAGUCGAUAUCAAUUUCUUUGUUGUUGACAGCGAGAGGUUGAGUCAUGUUCGGUUGUGCCACGAAGUCCUCGCCCGCUCAUACUCAUUCACCGGAAGUAUCGAUAAUCGCGGACGGGUGACUUAUCACCGGAGAUCGGCGGUCAAUUAAUUCGGCACCUGAGGCGCCACGUCCUGGGCAGCUCGUCGGUCCUUCUCGAAAGUUCCAGCGAGCUCUAGUGGCCCCGGAAUCGGGGCAUUUGCGGUCUCUUGGCCUAUGAACCGUUAUCAGUCUACUUUAUUGACCGACUUUAUUUGACCGACGUGCACGCGCAGUGAUUUUCCGGCCUUCGCAUUGUCCUCCCGUAAUAUUCAGUUCAUGACCGGUUCAUGGCCACUUCAAGAGUAGACUUCACCAGCAGGAAUCCAUGUGGGGAAGAAGAAACGGAUACUCACAUCCUUGAACGACUGCGACAGGUAUAAUCUCUUGAGGGAGAAAUACAUGAAGCGGUUGGACAUGAGCGUGAUGAAUGUACAAGAACUUGCUCAAGAUGAAAAAUCAUUCGAUAUCUUUCAGGACUUUGCAAAAAAUCUGCUUACGGAGAAAAUAGCUAUGGGAGCUCGAGAACUCGAAUUACAGAAGUCCCCAGAGGAGGACGCGUAAUGGAGGGAAACAAAACUCUCAAAAAUCCCUUAAUAAUAGAGAAAAUAUACAGACACCUACAAAGAGGUGGAGAAAAACAAUUAUACAGUGGUUCGGAGCCCACUUAAAAAAUGUCGGUCCACUCGUGUUCUCGCAUGAGGAUACGAGGACAAAUAACCACCACAGCCAAACUAUUGAUAGUAUCUAUCUGGAGAAACCUAAAACAGGGAAAAGAGCAGGCCGAUGAAUGAGACAAAAAUGCUGGUAUGCAAUUGCGAGGUACAGCAUAGUCGAAAGCUUCACUUAGUGAUGGUUAGGAGGCAACUCUUUUUUUUUUAUCCUCCCGUAAACCACUUUUAUCUCACCCAUCCCCAACAAAUACUCCUCAAACCAGAUCUCGCAUCGAACAAUUCACAUGGUGUGCAAUAUAAAAUAUUCUCGUUAAAUGACUUGAAAAAAUAAAACUCAAACGCCCGAUACAGAAAAUGUCAUUACAGAUUUUUCCAAGUUUUUUUGCUUUGAAAAAUAUCCUUAAAAUUGUUUCCAAAGCUGCCUUAAUAUCAUUUACCCUCGACAAAACUUUUCAUGCAAGUAUUUUCGUCUUCUGAUGUACCUUUAUU